GGUAAUGAAUAUGAUAAUCUGUUUUUGAAUUCCUAUGGGAUGCAACGACCACCGCAAGCACCUCACUAGAGCCCUAGGGGUGCUGAUGUACUUUGAAAUAAGUAAUGAUUUAAAGUACGCUUUAUUUAUUUCAUGCAAAUCGGUAAUUUUUAAUGUGUCUGGGCACUAUGUACUGUGAUAGUCACCGACUCGCCGUGUCAUAGUAAUACCAUUGUUUAAAUACUUUAUUUAAACAAUGGUAAUACCUAGAAGUCGAGAGGAAUAGCAUGUUCCAACCCAACUACGUGUUUUUAGUUCCAAGCAAGAGUUCAUUGUCCAAUUAUUCGCAACGUAGACGCGAAGAAUCUCACGUCUACCGGACAAAGACGACUAUAUUUUUGACAGUUAUUCUUUUCCAACACACGUAUCACAACCUGGGCGUUAUCUUUUCAAAAGUCUCAAUUGUAAUAAUGGAAAAAAUUGUUAUAUUCGGAUCUACAGGCAAUACCGGUAUCUGUGCAGUCGAAGCUGGUGUGCAGAAAGGAUUAAAUGUAAGGGCAUUCGUACGAGAUCCUACGAAAUUGCCGGAUCACCUACGAAACAGUGUAGAAGUUGUUAAGGGGGACGUGUUGAACUAUACCGACGUACAUAAUGCAAUAAAAAAUGUUAGCGCUGUUGUUGUCGUCUUAGGUACUCGAAAAGAUUUAAGUGCCACCACAAUGUUAAGUGACGGAAUGAAGAAUAUAAUUAAAGCCAUGACAAAAGAGAAUGUACAGAUUGUGUCUGUUUGUUUAUCUGCGUUUCUUUUCUGUGCACCAGAGCAAGUGCCGAAAAUAUUUUGUAAAAUCAACGAAGAUCAUCAAAGGGAAUUUGAUGUUUUGCAAGAAUCUGGGCUUAAUUACAUUGCAGUUUUUCCACCUCAUAUUUCAGAUGAUAAGGGAACAACUUGUGAAGUUAAUCACGGUAGUUUACCGCCAGGCGGAAAAAUGGUAUCGAAACAUGACUUAGGAAAAUUCUUGAUAGACUCAUUAACACAGCCCGAACAUUACGGAAAGAUCUGUGGAAUUGUUACUAAGUAUUAGAGUCUGGAAGA